UUGAUUAAUUUUAGUACAUUAAAAGACGCAUUGAAUCGACAAAAAAAAUCAAAAGAUCCCAAAUCUCCCAAAUCUCCCAAAUUGCCAAAUGUCAUUAAUGAUUUUAUAUUUGAAAAUAAUAAACAAAUUUUAUUUAAAUUAAAAGUUGCGAAAUGGAAUUCAACGAAUAAAUUAUCUUUUAACAACUAUCUCAUCUUAACAAAAGAACUUUUGUGUCACUUUAAAAACGCUGAGAAGGCUGCUAAAGUUUUCUAUGAUAUUUACGAUUCAGAUAUAAAUGCGUCAUCUGAAAAUAUAAUAAAAUUAUUACCCGCUCAGCAUGUAGCUCUAAUGUUGGAUUCAGUAUAUGCUAUAUCAGAGGAACUCAUACCGGAUCCAUAUAUUAGAAUAGAUUUUGUUUCUUCAUCAAGGAAGCAUGAUUCUAUUACAAUUACAGCCCCAGAUUUUCAAAAACAUCAACAAUUACUUUCUAACUUACGACUCGCAAUUCGAAAUAUCAACCCAAUUGGACCAUAUAUAACACCCAUGCCAAAGUCACAAAUAAUAGAACAAUUAAUUUCACUUGAAGAUUGGGUUUAUGAAAGCAUGGAAAAUUUGUUGGUUUAUAAGGUCUUAUUAAAAUCAUUGAAAGAUGGGGAGAAAAAACAAAAUGAAAAAAAACUUUUAAUAGCUGUAUUUUUCGUACUUGGAAGAAAUAAUAUUUAUUUGAUUCCGGCUGACUACUAUAUUGAUGAAUAUGAUAAGAAUUCAAAACAACAAACAAACUUCCAUUAUCCCCUACUUAUAGAAGAAUCAAAACCUAAAGAAAUUGAUAUUAGAAAAUUUCAAUAUCCUAUAAUGUGUCUUGCAAACAUUCAAUCCACUGAGCAAGAUACUUUUCGAUUAACAUUUAAAAGUAACAAUGGAUUCCUGCAACGAACUAUGGAUAUUGCUUCAUUAUUUAGCGAAAUAAUAAUUUCGGAACUUCGAUUUGCCAUUGAUUCAAUAACAUUUUGGUGGCCAUACUCUACAUACACACUCGGUACACAAACUUCCGUUCCAGCCGAAAGAUCAAUUACAUCCCCUAGAUUUGAUAAAAAGAUAUCUCACGAAAGCGGAUUGGAAAGAAUGAUUGAAGCUCAAUGCCAUGCUUUCCGAAUACUUAGAUCAAGAAUAUCAUUCACAUUCGAACGUGUUCCUGACACAGAGGAUAUUGAAUUUAGACAAGGUUCUGGUCAUUUACUCUUCUCGUUCACAUUACACCCACCUACUACAGGGGAGGGAACAUAUACUGGCGUCGAAUUAUUUGCUAUAUUAA